CAGACUGAAGGAGCGUAUGCCUACACAUGGCCGAUGCUUUCACCCUAGCCUAUAAAGAGAACUACCGUCAUGCCAAGUUCACACAGAAGAGAAACACCGGAUUGAUGUCUCGCAAAUUGAAAUCCAGGGGAGCUUAACAUCAGGUAGAGAAGCACAAUGGAUCUGAAACCUUUAUUGAAGAACUUGGGCUCAAUUGUCCGCGCCAUCUGCACUUUUGGGUUUGCUGUGCUGGUUAUGUGCUUGCUGGUGUGGGCCUAUGUGGACGGUUUUCAGCUGGUAACAUCCAAAUACGGAAUCAUCUCCUUUGGCUUUUAUGGGCUACUCCUCUCACUUCACGUGUUGGUCCAGAGCCUCUUCGCCUUCAUUGAGCACCGACGAAUGAAAGCACGCACAGAGCCCUGCUCCUUUACCAAAACAAUUGGCUUCACAAUUUCAGCCUAUCAGGAGGACCCCGCUUAUCUCAAGGAGUGCCUCAGCUCCAUCAAGGCCCUCAGCUAUCCUCCGGAGCUGCUGCGCAUCAUCAUGGUGAUCGAUGGGAACACAGAUGAUGACCGGUACAUGAUGGAAAUGUUCAGAGAGGUGUUUGAAGACCGGGACCCUGGCUGUUAUGUGUGGAAAAAUAACUACCAUACGUGGAAUCCAAUAGGCCAAGGAGGGAAUGCUGAAAUCGGCCCAGGAGGGGAUGCUGAACCAACUUUUGUUGAGGACCCAGAGCGAAGAGACGUAGAGCAACUGAUCCGGAACAAGCAGUGCGUGUGCAUCAUGCAGAAGUGGGGCGGCAAGCGGGAGGUGAUGUACACUGCGUUCAAAGCACUUGGGUCAUCAGUGGACUAUAUACAGGUGUGUGACUCAGACACCAAGCUGGACACUCUGGCCACCAUUGAGCUGUGUAAAGUGUUAGAAAGUAACGACAAGUACGGUGCUGUGGGAGGAGAUGUGAUGAUCCUUAACCUGAAAGACUCUUACAUCAGCUUCAUGAGCAGUCUUAGAUACUGGAUGGCUUUCAACAUCGAAAGGUCCUGCCAGUCCUUCUUCGACUGUGUGUCCUGCAUUAGUGGUCCUUUGGGUCUGUAUAGGAACGAUCUCCUCCAGCAGUUUCUGGAGUCCUGGUACAAUCAGAUGUUUUUGGGAAGUCACUGCACAUUUGGUGACGACAGACAUCUUACCAACCGAAUGCUGAGCAUGGGCUAUGCUACAAAAUACACAGCCCGCUCCAAAUGCUACACAGAGACACCUGCUGAGUUUCUGCGCUGGCUGAACCAGCAGACUCGCUGGACAAAAUCAUACUUCCGCGAGUGGCUCUUCAAUGCAAUGUGGUGGCACAAGCACCACCUCUGGAUGACUUACGAGUCCAUCGUCUCGGGUAUUUUCCCCUUCUUCGUUACAGCCACAAUCAUCCAGCUGUUUUGGACAGGCACGGUGUGGGACAUCCUCUGGAUCCUGUGCUGCAUCCAGCUGAUCGGGCUGGUGAAAGCAUCUUACGCCUGCAUCCUGCGCAGAGACAUGGUGAUGGUGUUCAUGUCCCUCUACUCGGCCCUGUACAUGACCAGCCUGCUGCCUGCCAAGUACUUCGCGAUUCUCACCAUGAACAAAAGCAGCUGGGGGACUUCUGGCAGGCGUAAAAUUGUAGGGAACUACAUUCCUCUUCUCCCUCUGUCGGUGUGGAUGGUCAUUUUACUAGGCGGGCUGGGUUACUCAAUUUACAGGGAGAGUCAACUGGACUGGUCCGAGCCAGCCAAAGUAGAGGAACUCACCUUUAUCAUUUUUGGCUGCGUGGCCUACAUCGUAUACUGGCUGCUUAUGAUCAUCCUUUACUGGGUGUGGUUCCGCAAGUUAUGUAGAAAACGGGUAGGAAGUUAUACUUUAAGUGUGUAG